GUGUAAAGCUAAUCUGAAGGGAACGUUUUUAUAAGAAGACUUUGCACUCAGGUAUCUGCUGCCGUCAACAAUGGCAAACACCACACAGAUCUCCAAGGAUGAACUAGAAGAGUUAAGGGAAGCAUUUGCUAAAGUUGAUCUGGACUGCAAUGGAUACAUAUCGGAUUAUGAGCUCCAUGAUCUAUUUAAAGAAGCCAACCUUCAACUUCCCGGAUACAAAGUGCGAGAGAUCAUCCAGAAGCUGAUGAAUGACGGCGAUAAGAAUAAAGAUGGGAAGAUUGGCUUUGAAGAGUUUGUUUUUCUGGUACAAGAGUUGAAAAGUAGUGACAUUGCCAAAACCUUUCGAAAAGCAAUCAACCGCAAAGAGGGAAUCUGUGCCAUUGGCGGCACCUCCGAGCUGUCUAGUGAGGGCACCCAGCACUCGUAUUCAGAGGAGGAAAAGUAUGCCUUUGUCAACUGGAUAAAUAAAGCUUUGGAGAACGACCCAGAUUGCAAGCAUGUGUUGCCGAUGAAUCCCAACACCAAUGACUUAUUCCGAGCUGUAGCUGAUGGCAUUGUGCUAAGUAAAAUGAUUAACCUGUCUGUACCCGACACUAUUGAUGAAAGGGCAAUAAACAAGAAGAAGCUGACUCCAUUCACCAUUCAGGAAAAUCUGAACUUGGCAUUAAACUCUGCCUCUGCCAUUGGCUGCCAUGUGGUUAACAUUGGUGCAGAAGAUCUUAAGGCUGGAAAACCUCACUUGACUAUGGGGCUCCUGUGGCAGAUUAUUAAGAUUGGAUUGUUUGCAGACAUUGAGCUCAGCAGGAAUGAAGCCUUGGCUGCAUUACUUCGUGAUGGCGAAACGCUGGAAGAGCUGAUGAAACUGUCCCCAGAAGAGCUGCUCCUGAGAUGGGUCAACUUCCAUCUGGAGAACGCUGGCUCGCAGAAAAUCAAUAACUUCAGCAGUGAUAUUAAGCUUACUGACUUUGGUCACUCUGUUAAGGACUCCAGAGCCUAUUUCCAACUGCUCAACCAAAUUGCACCCAAAGGGCAGAAGGAAGGUGAAGAGAAGAUAGAUAUUAACAUGUCUGGAUUCAGUGAGAAGGACGAUCUGAAGAGGGCAGAGCACAUGCUCCAGCAGGCGGAUAGACUGGGCUGCAGACAGUUUGUUACUUCUGCGGACGUUGUGAGCGGAAAUCCUAAACUCAACUUGGCCUUUGUAGCAAACUUGUUCAAUAAAUACCCAGCACUUACCAAGCCUGAGAACCAGGACAUCGACUGGUCACUCCUCGAAGGAGAAACCAGAGAAGAAAGGACAUUCCGUAACUGGAUGAACUCGCUCGGUGUGAAUCCCCAUGUUAACCACAUGUACAGUGACCUACAAGAUUCCCUAGUAAUUCUACAACUUUAUGAGAAGAUUAAAGUUCCAGUUGACUGGAGCAAAGUCAACAAACCUCCAUAUCCUAAACUUGGAGCAAACAUGAAAAAACUCGAGAACAGUAACUAUGCGGUUGACUUGGGAAAAAACAGUGCCAAGUUCUCCCUGGUGGGCAUUGGUGGAAAGGACCUGAACGACGGCAACUCAACGCUGACCCUUGCACUAGUCUGGCAGGUCAUGAGAAGGUAUACUAUCAAUGUCCUGGAGGACCUUGGAGAUGGAGAGAAAGUCAAUGACGACACUAUAGUCAAGUGGGUGAACAGUACUUUGGCAGCUGCUGGCAAGUCCUCCUCCAUUCAGAGCUUUAAGGACAAAGUGAUCAGCACUAGCCUUCCUGUAGUGGAUCUUAUCGAUGCCAUCCAACCUGGCAGUAUUAACUAUGACCUGGUGAAGACUGGUAUACUUUCUGAUGAAGACAAACACGAAAAUGCCACAUAUGCAAUAUCAAUGGCCAGAAAAAUCGGAGCAAGAGUAUACGCCUUGCCAGAUGACCUUGUAGAGGUGAAGCCCAAAAUGGUUAUGACUGUGUUUGCCUGCUUGAUGGGUCGAGGAAUGAAAAAGGUGUAAAAUGUCACAUGGUCACCUGUGGAGUGUGACAUCAGCCGAGGGUGUAUGGCUUACCAAUCCUUUUCGCCAGGGCCUUUUCGCACUGUUUAGAACUUUUGAACGGUGGCAAGAUUUGCUUUGCAACAUUAGAAACCUCCCAAUCCUCAGGAAGAAGCGCUGUAUGCCUCAAGUGCUCUCUUUCCAAGCUGAACUGUCAAGAUCACACCAAAAUGCAUUCAUAUGUGGGCCGCUCGGGACCUCCUAUCGCUCUUUGAUCCUUCUUCAUAGUAAUUCCAAGCAAUAUGACUUUCAUUUUUCCCUCUUCUGGUCUUUACCUGACAUAUGAUGCUGUCUUAACCAUGUACACUAUAACAAUGCCAUCACUUUAUGAUGUUGUGUGCCGCUUGGAGGCAUGUCUACUGAAGCAUAGAUCAUUGCCCACUGCAGCGGCCAUAUUGUGCCCAAUGGGCAUGACUUCAUUCCAUACCAAAACUGCACAAAUCACACCUGUGAUGCUUGAGACUUUAAAGGGGUUAUCCGGGAUAAAAACUUUAUUUUAUAUAUCAACUGGCUCCAGAAAGUAAAUUAAACAGAUUUGUA